CAAUAUACGGAAGGAAGUUCCGAAAGAGAAUCGGAAGUUCAACCGCAAUUCGCAGAACACAACCUCAGACAUUGUGUCUGACGAUAUAGUGGCGGCUGCAGAUCUUUGCUCUGCACUUGAUGCAUCAUUCUUAAACUCGCGACAGAUUUCAAUUCUAAUGAAGACAACUUUUGUGAUUCACAGUAAUUUAUUGAAACAAAAAGCUUCCGUAUCUCAAAUAUUUCUUCAAUUUCCACACUUCAAAUCGUACCAUGGAUUAAUGGUUCAACAAGCAUUCAAUAGAAUAAAUCAGAUUCAAAGCAUGGAUACUAAUAUAAGAAGACUGUUAUCAAAAGGGCUGUUAUUGAAUCGAAACGCAUUCACUGAUGUCGAGGAUGAUUAUAUACGCGGAUCAUUGAUUCUUAUGAAAGAAAUGGUAGUACGAGGCGCUAAACGAGCGAAAGAAGAUGCAAGUUUGUCUACAGAUGAAAUCUUCGCAGCACCGCUUGUUCGCUGGAUUAAUGUAGACAAGCAACACACACACCUCACGGCCGGUAUAUACCCGCCGCAUAUCGCUUGCUUCGGGAAGACAAAAGGAAGAGGAAUAUACUUCGUAGUUCUUGAGAGAGAAGCGAUAGACUGCGGAGAUUGCUCAAUACAAACUUUAGAUGUGUUUUUUAAAUCAUUCGCUGUUUUCGGAGUUAAAGUGCCGGUUUUUGUGUAUCCGCUUUACGAAAUAUUUAAAAUUAAGAUUCAUAAAUUGGCCACACCUAGUGCACGCAACACAGUUAAUAACGUGUUAAAAGCAUUGGACAACGCUGAACGGGCAGAAGAGCUUAACCAACACACAACAUGAAAUCAGGUGUUUUUUACAACACACAACAUGAAAUCAGGUAUUUUUACACAAAAAUAAACAGAAAACUCAAUAGUCA